AUGCCGCGCCCAGCAGCAACAGCCAACCGCAUCGCGCUCAGACCGUCUCCUCCUUUCGACACCGUCUUCGACGACCCGGGCCUACCCGACAGACUCGACUCAAGACGGCUUCGCCACAACGCCUACGACAACAACAUAUUGCCGCGCCAACAGGCGGCCCCUACGGCAACUUUGACAAGGGCCUACCCACGGCCAGGCAUGCAGCAGCAGCAGCAAGCAGCAUCAUCAUCAAGCAGCAGCCUUAACAGUCCUCGCCUUUCACCCGCAUCCGCCGUGCCCGGGCAGGCGCACUUCGCCGAUGACAUUCCACUUCAGAACCAGGGCCACAACCCGAGCCUACCACAUGAUCAGCCGCCGGCCAAGGAUGUAGAGAUGAACGAUCAUGUGUACGAAGCCCCAGGCUCAAGCAGGCGAAAGAAGUCUAGAAGGGUCGGCUUCGGCCAGCUGGGCAUGCUGGGUGCCGACAAGAAGCGCAUCGCCUGGGUCGUCUACAUCUUGACGAUCGCGCAAGUUGGUGUGUUUAUCGGUCAGAUCGUGAGAAAUGGCUCUCCCAUCAUGAUCAAACCCUCCUUCAACCCCAUGAUCGGCCCCUCUUUCUACGUCAACAUCAACAUGGGUGCUCGUUAUGUGCCCUGCAUGCACACCGUCGAGGCCAUCAAGGAAGCUCAACAGCCCAUUUGGUGGCCCUGCCCCAACACGACCUCGAACGACCAGAACGACGAGUCGAACCGCUGCAGCCUUGGUGAGCUGUGCGGCUUUGGCGGCGUCCCCAACCCUCAGGACCCCAACGAGAAGGGUGAACCCAAUCAGUGGUUCCGCUUCAUUACGCCAAUCUUCCUGCACGCCGGUCUCAUCCACAUCGGAGUCAACAUGCUCCUGCAGAUGACCAUCGGCAAAGAAAUGGAGAUGGCCAUUGGGCCCGUCCGCUUUUUCCUCGUCUACUUUAGUGCUGGCAUCUUCGGCAAUGUUAUGGGCGCCAACUAUGCUGGAACGGGCGAGGCUUCGACGGGCGCCUCGGGUGCCCUCUUUGGCAUCAUCGCCCUGACGGCCCUCGACUUGGCGUACUCUUGGAAAGACCGCCGCCAUCCUGUGAAGGAUCUCAUGUUCGUGCUCUUGGACGUUGUUAUUUGUUUCGUCCUUGGUCUCCUGCCGGGUCUUGACAACUUUGCCCAUAUUGGAGGCUUCCUCAUGGGCCUAUGUCUCGGCAUCUGUGUCCUUCACUCGCCGAACUCCCUGCGGAGGCGUCUGGGCUAUGAUACGUCUUAUGCCACCGUCAACGGCGAGGGGGCUCAGGCGGGUCCCGUACCAUUUGUCAAGAACCCCACAGGCUUCUUCAAGGGCCGCAAGCCUCUCUGGUGGGCGUGGUGGCUUGUUCGCGCGGCUGCCCUUAUUCUUGUCAUCGUUGUCUUCAUCGUUUUGCUCAACAACUUUUACGUCAGCCACAGCACCUGCAGCUGGUGCAAGUAUCUGAGUUGCUUGCCCGUGAACGGAUGGUGUGAGAUGGGCGAGCUCAAGUUCGAUACCAUCAAUGCCCCUGCACGUAUGGCUCGAGAUGUUCUGUCUGGUGGCAGUUAG